GUUGUAGGAUCACAGAAGCCUUGGACAGACCUUGACUUACCAUCACUUGGCAGACUUUGACAUACUUAUAUUAACAGUUUGGAGUUUUACCCAGGACACAAAUUGACUAUUUGUCCCAUAUUUGUCUCAUCCAACAUCAUCAUGGCUGAUUCUGAUUUCCCUUUACCACCAGAUGAUCACUGUUCACUGUGUGUGGAUGCAUUGAGAGACCCGGUCACCAUCCCCUGUGGUGACACCUACUGCCUGGAGUGCAUCAACAUCUACUGGGACCAGUUUGACCACAUGGGUGUGUACAGCUGUCCACAGUGCCGCGCAACCUUCACACCACGGCCCAAGCUGAGACGCAAUCUGCCCGACGUUAAACACGAGCAAAGGCGCCAGCCCACGGAGCUCACUCCUUUCCCCUACAUGCACCGCGAAUCCUUUUGCGAUUUCUGCAUCGGCCAUCGCAACAAGGCCGUUAAGUCAUGCCUCAUGUGCCUGGCCUACUACUGCGAAACGCACAUUAAGCCACAUUAUGAGUCGUCCACCUUUAAGAGACACAAGCUGGUGGAUGAGACGGGCCACCUGGACAGGAAGAUCUGCCACCAGCAUGAGAAAGGCCUGGAGCUGUUCUGUCGCUCUGACCAGAUGUGCGUCUGUGUGCUGUGCACUGUCAGAGAGCAUCGCGGCCACAACAUAACUUCAGCAGAAGAAGAGCGCAUUGAAAAACAAAAAGUCCUAGUGGUCACCCAGACUGAAGUCCAGCACAUCAUUCAGGAGAGAAUGAAGGAGCUGCAGGAACUUAAACAUAAUGUGGAUGUUCUCAAAAGUGGGGCUCAGCGAGCACAGGCAGAAAGUGAUAAGACAUUCCACGAAAUGCUGCAGGCCGUGGAGCGCUGGAAGGCUGAAAUCCAUCAGAUGAUAAUGGCCAACAUGCAGGCAGCGAUGUCACAGGCUGAGGGCUACGUGGACCGCCUGCAGCAGGAGAUCCUGGAGCUACAGCGCAGAGAUGCAGAACUACGGCAGAUCCUCGAAACAGAGGACAACAUUCACUUUCUGCAGAAUUUUCCGACCCUGUGCAUUCCUCCUGAAGCCAUGGUGCCUAAAGUACUAAUCAACCCUCAGUUCUCCUUUGGAGAGCUAAGCAAGACGGCCACAGAGAUGAAGGAACAUCUGGACGACAUCUGUAAGAAGGAAUUGCUCGAAAUCUCCAAGAGAGUUAGUGAAACCCCCGUGUACAUACUUUUGCCAAGAAAUGGAGGCGAACGACUCAAAGUUCCUUCCAGAGUUGAUUUUCAGGAGCCAAAAUCCAGGACAGACUUCUUAAGAUACUCCUGCAAGAUGUCCUUCGAUCCAAACACAGUCUACAAAGAGCUGGUCCUGUCGGGUGGGAAUCAGAGGGUCACACGUAAGAAAACAGUCCAGGUUUACCCAAAUCAUCCAGAACGCUUUGAUGGCUUCUCCCAGUUGCUGUGCAAGGAGCCUCUGACUGGUUUCAGAUUUUACUGGGAGGCAGAGUGGAGCGGGGAGUUUUCCAUCGGGGUGGCCUACAAGAGCAUCAGUCGCAAAGGGAAGAAUUCGCACAGCCUGCUGGGCUACAAUGACAAGUCUUGGAGUCUCCUCUGCUCAGACUCAGGCUACUCUGCCUGGCACAAUAAAGUAGAACGGGACCUUCCUGAAGCUCCCAGGGCCACACGAAUUGGUGUGUACCUGGAUUAUGCAGGCAACACUGUGGCAUAUUACUCAAUAUCAGAGACUAUGGAGCUUAUCCACAGAUUCAAAGCUCAGUUCAGUGAGCCUUUGUAUGCUGGUUUUGGUGUGGGCUCCUCUGUUACCCUCUGCCAGCUGAAGCAGAAUCCCACGCCUUAAGAUUUAUUGUAAAGGUUAAAGAACUCACAGGUACUGUUAAAUACUGACUGAAUAAUGUAAAGUUAUUGUCUGCAAAAAUGAAUUUUAAAGCCCUCUCUUACACAUAUGUUCAUGUUGUUGUGACCACACUCUGCAUGUUCCUGUAUUAUAUACUGAUAAUAUCUCACUAAAUGUUAUUUCAAGGCCAUUAUUUAGGAUACCAAUGUGUGUAUUUCAUGCACGUUCCUGUUUGGUGAAAUAUAUGUUGAUUUACAGUAAUACAGACACUGCAAGUAACAAUGCAAAGAAGGCCUAUAUUCAACGGGUGUAUUCAAGAAUAAGAACUUAUCAAUAGCAUAGAUGUGUGUGUGUCUUGCAUUUUCCAUCCAUUCUGUGGUGCUCUCUUCCAGCAGCAGCUGGUGAUAAUUGAUCUGGCCGAUGAGAUCCA